AUUUAUUCCGCGUUGGCCUGGACGUGGCACCAAGGAGGAGCAGCGCCCACAAUUCUAUUUGAUCCGGUUCUUCUAGGCUUGUUAUUCGGUUCUGACAGCAGCCUCAGCGGGCUAAGCGCCUAAGAACUCCCACCCUCAGCUUGUCAUCUACUCAGGCUGCCUCUGUGGAAGACGUUGUUGAUUAAAAAAUGGGUCUGACCAUCUCGUCUCUGUUCUCCAGGCUGUUCGGGAAGAAACAGAUGAGGAUACUGAUGGUGGGUCUGGAUGCAGCUGGAAAAACAACAAUCCUGUACAAACUGAAACUCGGAGAGAUCGUCACCACCAUCCCAACUAUCGGUUUUAACGUGGAGACGGUGGAGUACAAGAACAUCUGCUUCACGGUGUGGGACGUCGGCGGCCAGGACAAGAUCCGACCUCUGUGGAGGCACUACUUCCAGAACACGCAGGGUCUGAUCUUCGUGGUGGAUAGCAACGACAGAGAGAGAGUGGCCGAGUCGGCGGAGGAACUCUCCAAGAUGAUCCAGGAAGACGAGCUGAAGGACGCCGUCCUUCUGGUGUUUGCAAACAAACAGGAUCUUCCCAACGCCAUGGGAGUCAGCGAACUCACCGACAAACUGGGCCUGCACAGCCUGCGCAGCAGAACCUGGCACGUCCAGGCCACCUGCGCCACUCAGGGGACGGGUCUCUACGAGGGUCUGGACUGGCUGUCCAAUGAGCUGUCGAAACGCUAGACGCCUACAGGAAGCAGCAGGAUGAUGUCACCGUGUACAAACCGAGGAGGGAGGAUGGGGAGCAUUUCACAGGACUGUUUCUGGGGUGUUUUUGUUUUUUUAAAUUAUAAAUGUAUCUGUAGGAGGAAGUGAUGUCAUGGACUCUGAGCUCACCUGGUUUCCCAUCAUCCUCUUCUUCUAUUGUUUGUUAGGUCUGUUUGUUUUCUUUUAAUCUGUUUUAACUCCAGAUCAUGUGACCAGAUGUUGUAGGGAGAGGGGGGGCGGGGCUUACAACAGGUGACAGUUACCUGGUCAUGUGACUCAUUCCACAGAGCCGGACCUGACGGCCUCGUCAUUCCUUAUCAGUGUGAAGAGGAAGAAACACAGACGCAACAACGAUGCAAUAAAGGUUUUUUUUUCUUCUCAGA